UUAAACAAACACAGCGUUGAAGAUGGCGGAGAGUUAAUAGCGAAACGAAGAAGAUAUCGGUGCGCUCACAGAGAUACAUCGAUUUGACACCAGCGUAGAAGACCAGUAGACCAGUCCAGAAUAGGACCAUUAUCUCCAAGAGAGAACUCGUCUCGUCCACUCCAGGCUCCGUCACAAGGUGCUGAUAUGUGUACACGAUGAGCGGACUGGGGGACAACUCCAUGGAGCCUCUGAGCUCAGAAAACCGAAAACGCAAGCUCUCCACCUGCGACACGCCCAGUCUGGGGUGUGAGCGAAGGCGGCGGGAGCAGGAGAGUAAAUACAUUGAGGAGCUGGCCGAACUGAUCUCUGCCAAUCUCAGUGACAUCGACAGCUUCAACGUCAAGCCAGACAAGUGUGCUAUCCUCAAGGAGACUGUGCGCCAGAUCAGACAGAUCAAGGAGCAGGGCAAAGCGUCCUCCAACGAUGACGAUGUUCAGAAGUCAGACGUGUCCUCCACGGGACAGGGGGUCAUCGACAAGGACCACCUGGGGCCGCUUCUGCUGCAGGCCCUGGAUGGCUUCCUGUUUGUGGUGAACCGGGAGGGCAGCAUCGUGUUUGUGUCUGACAACGUGACCCAGUACCUGCAGUACAAACAGGAGGAGCUCAUCAACACCUCCGCCUACAACAUCCUCCAUGAGGACGACAGGGAGGAGUUCCACAAGAACCUGCCCAAGACCAACGUGAAUGGGGUGUCCUGGGGGGGGGAGGCGCCCCGGCAGAAGAGCCACACCUUCAACUGCCGCAUGCUGGUCAAGUUUGGCACCACCCACGGGCCUGUAGAGGAGGGGCAUGGAGGACCGCACUACGAGACCAUGCAAUGCUUCGCCCUGACCCAGCCCAAGGCCAUGAUCGAAGACGGGGAAGACCUGCAGUCGUGUAUGAUCUGUGUGGCCCGUCGUGUGACUGCUGUGGAGAGAACCGAGAGCUUCAACACCCGACACGAGCUUACAGGUAAGCUGAUCCAGAUAGACCAGAACUCUCUGCGUGCGUCGAUGCGUCCUGGCUGGGAGGACCUGCUGAGGCGUUGUAUUCAGAUGUUCCUACAGCACAGCGACGGACAGCCCUGGUCCCACAAACGCCACUACCACGAGGCCUUCCUGCAGGGUCACGCUGAGACCCCCCUGUACCGCUUCUCCCUGUCAGACGGCACUCCUGUCACGGCCCAGACCAAGAGCAAGCUGUACCGCCACCCCAUGAGCAAUGAACCCCAGGGCUUCAUCUCCACUCACCUGCUACAGAGGGAGCAGAAUGGCUAUCGCUCUGCCCAGACUGGGGGCAUGAUGCCUGGGCCUAUGAGGCAGCAGGGCAUGGGGGGCCCCAACCCCAACGCCCAGAUGAACAUGCCCCCUGGCGCAGGGAUGGGGAUGGGGGGUAUGAACCGGGGCUAUGGGCCCAUGAAUGAACAGAGCCACAUGGGACAGAUGGGAGGGGUCUCAAUGUAUGGAGGAAAUGGAGGUGGGGGUGGGGGUGGGGGUGGCGGUGGAGGCAUGGGCAACAGAAUGAUGCAGAUGAAUCAGAUGAAUCAAAUAAACCAUAUGGGCCAGAUGAACCAAAUGAAUCAGAUGGGUCAUCAGAUGAACCACCCGGGUCCAGGGAACCACCCAGGCAUGCAGCAUUCCCAGCACCCACAGCAGCACCCCUUCCAGAGCAGUGGGGGGUACGGACUUGGGGGUAUGAGCAGCCCCUUGGGGAGCCCCCGGAUGAGUGGCCCCCAGCAGGGGUUCCUGAUGUCCCCCCGAAAUCGAGGCAGCCCCAAGAUGGGCGCCAGUCAGUUCUCUCCUGGAGGCAUGCACUCCCCCAUAGGCCCUCAUGGAGGAGGAGGUGCGGGAGGAGGUGGCACCUCCUUUUCCAGCAGCUCCCUCAACGCCCUCCAGGCCAUCAGCGAGGGAGUCGGGAGCUCCCUCCCUUCGACCCUCGCCUCCCCCUCCCCGGCCCACAAACCAGACAGCUCCCCCAGCGUCCAUUCCUCCUCUCAGUCCUCCCAGCCAAGCCAGCCGGCCAAACCAGGCCCGGACGGCUCCAAAAGCCCACCUGGCCCCGGCGAGCACCACCACCCCCUCCACCACCACCACCACCACCACCCACACACCCAGGCAGAGGGCUGCGGAGACAGGUUGGACAGCCAGGCCACGGCAGGCAGCAAGGAGCCUGGAGAGGGGGCCAGCGAGGCUGGGGUGGCCAGCUCAGAACCCACCCGGAGAGUCCCAGACAGUAAGGGCCAUAAGAAGCUGCUGCAGCUGCUGACCUCCCCCACUGAGGAGCUGGGGUUAGGGGGAACUGGUCCGGCCUUGCCCUCUAUACCUCCCCCACCAGGCAGCAGCAACAUCCCAGCAGGGUCCGACACUAAGGACCCCACAGGAGGCAUGACCAGCCCUUCCUCUACCGGAGUCUCCUCCUCUUCCUCGGCCUCCACCAUUCAGGGCCCGGCGUCAGGCCCAGGUGGCGCUGCUCUGGCCAAUGCUCUGGCCUCGGCCCACUACACGGCAUCGCUGCAGGAGAAGCACAAGAUCCUCCACAAGCUGCUGCAGAACAGCAACACGCCCGACGAGGUGGCCAAGAUCACAGCCGAGGCAACUGGGAAGGUGACACUGGGGGACCAGGAGGUUCCAGGGGAGACGGGGGCUGCGGGAGGAGGAGCAGGAGGAGUGACUGAGCCCAAGCAGGAGCAGCACAGCCCCAAGAAGGAGAAGACCCACGCGCUCCUCCACUACCUCCUCAACAAGGACGACACUAAAGAGCCCGUGGACGUGAAGCCCAAGCCUGAGGAGCUGGAAGGAAAGGGCCCCCCAGGAGCCACUGCCGGUCCCCCAUCCAGAGGCCCUGGACCCACCCCUGAACAUCCAGAAAGCAAGAUCAAGUCAGAGCCACCUGAUGAGUUGGAGAACCUGGAGUCCAUCCUGGGAGGUCUGAGGGGUUCUGGCUCUGAGUUCUACCCCGAGCAGGGAGGAGGAGGAGGGGCUAAUGAAGGAGGGAACAAGGCCCAGGGUUGCCUCGAUGACAACCUGCAAGGGAGUCCGGGGAUGGCCCCUGGCCAACGAGGCCCCUUUCAGAGGGCCAUGUCAGUGGACGCCAAGCCCCCCGGCGGUCCUGGAGGGGCGGGGAGGCGCCCCAUGCUCAUAAAACAGGAGAAUAUGUUGAGCAGCCCAGACGGAUACCCAGGGAACAUGGGUGUGUGUCCGCGAGGCGUUGGAACAAGGCCGAUGAACAGGGGCAUGGGGGUUCCCCAGCGCUCUCCCAUGGGGGGGUCAGGGGAUUGGGGGAUGCCCCGCUCCAGCGCCAGCCCCGUGGGCUCAGCCGGUCACCCUUCUAUGAUCCGCCCUGGCAUGGACUACAACUCCAAAGGCAUGAUGGGAGGGCCCAUGGUGGCCAGGUCCAACAGUGUUCCUGGCACCAGAUCCAUGCUGCAGCAACAGCUGAUGGACUUGGGAUGUUCUGGUGAGAUGGGGAUGAGUCCGUUCAGUCAGCAGGGCCAGCCCAACCAGUCUCCCUCCUGGCCUGACAGUGUGAUAGGCAUGGAGGGCAACCACAACAGGCGUCAGUUUGGGAACGCCCUGGACGAGCUCCUUGCUCCGCCCACCACCAGCGAGGGCCAGAGUGACGAGCGGGCGCUGCUGGACCAGCUGGACUCUCUGCUCAACAACACGGAUGGCAUAGCCCUGGAGGAGAUCGACCGGGCCCUGGGCAUCCCUGACUUGGUCAGCCAGGGCCAGGGUCCAGAGCAGCACGGUGAGCCCUUCCCCGGCCAGGACCCCUCCAUGGUGCUGGAGCAGAAGCCUCUGUACGGCCAGGGCUACCCCGGCCCCCCCUCCAUGGCCAUGCAGUCAGCCUACGGGGGGAGCCCCAUGCAGGGCCAGCUCCAACAGGGGAGCUUUGGCCCCAUGCUCUCCCAGAUGGGCCAGGGGGGCAGCUUCGCGGGGAUGGGGGGUAUGGGUCACCCUCGCGCCAACAUGAUGAGACCCAGGAUGAUGAGCGCCACCAAACCUAUGAGGCUCCAGCUGCAACAGAGAUUACAGGGCCAACAGUUUAUGAGUCAGACUCGGCAGGGGAUGGCCAUGAAGAUGGAGAACCCUGGAGUGGGUAACCCCGGAAUGAGGCCGGGCAUGCAGCCUGGCAUGGGGGGACAGCCUGGCUUCCUGAAUGCCCAGAUGAUGGCCCAGCGUAGCAGGGAGAUGGUGACCAUGCAGAUGAGGAGACAGAGGAUGAUGAUGCUCAUGCAGCAGCAACAGCAGCAGGCGGCAGCGGCCGCCGCCGGGGGGUUCAGCCCCCCUCCCAACGUCACCGCCCCCGCCGGCAUGGACACCCCCAUGGGAGGCCCCAACAUGGGCCAGCCGGGCCCCCAGCAGUUUGGCUACGGGGGAAACUACGGUAUGACCCAGCAGGGUGACCCGUCGUUCGGCCCUGCGGGCGGCAGCCCCCCCAACACUAUGAUGUCAGGCCGCCUGGGUCCUCAGAAUCCCAUGAUGCAGCAGCAUCCCCAGGGCGGACCCAUGUACCAGAGUGCCGAGAUGAAGGGCUGGCCGCAGGGAGGCAUGGCCCGCAACAGUACGUACACCCAGCAGCAGUUUGCCCAACAGGGUAACCCAGGACAACAGCAGUUUGCCCAACAGGGUAACCCGGGGCAACAGCAGUUUGCCCAACAGGGUAACCCGGGGCAGCAGCAGUUUGCCCAACAGGGUAACCCGGGGCAAUACGGGGGCAUUAUGAUAAACGGGGGCAUCCCUGCCAACGGAGGAGGGGGCCAGAUGGGGGGCCAGAUGGGGAUAAACCCCAUGGUGAUGGGACGUAUGCCGAUGGGGCCUGAUCAGAAAUAUUGCUGAACCUGAGACCGAGGCGUGUGGUGGAACAGAAACGGACUCAAUGUGAUCCCUUUCAGAGAGAGGAGUGCAGUGCUCAGUGUGUGCCAGACCAAACGUGCAUGUACGUGUGAGUGGUAUUCUACUCCCACCAGUUGGGGGUGCUGUUCCUCUGAACUCAAGGACAUUCUCACAAAAUAAGACCGAGGACACACUCUAUUCUACAUGCACUUACAUGAGACACGCCAUGACCCACCAACACACACACACACACACUCAAAAACAGUCAUGUAUGUAAAGCAGAGAUGCACUGUGACACACACACACACACACACACACACAGAUACACAACUGUUUCAUUCCUCCAUCAGUCUUUAGUGAUGUAGUUUCAUUAGUCCUCUCUCUGGGUUCUAUGUCUCUGUCCUGGACACACGCCAGUCGCUGGACCAAACAGACUGAAGCGGGGACACCCAACUAAUAAUGAUCUGGCUCUGACAGAACGGCCGGACAUGAGAAGACAUCCUCUCGUGGGAUGUAACUGACGUCAUGCUGGGAAUUCUCUCUCUGCUUCGGAACACUGGAGGAAGACAGUCCUGAAGGACCACUGUGUAUGCAGGCAUUGCAUCCCAUCCGGUCUCUGAAUCCACUCUUAAUGAAUGACAUAAUACAUAUGAUGUAGUCCCAUUGCUGGAGAAGGUGGGAGUUGCUUGUGAUGACUGACACAGGGUCAGCUAUUUUCACAUCCCCCUAAUAGUUGAGAUUAGGGACCCUGAUCCUAGAUCUGUGGUCAUGGGCAACUUCUACCUCUAUAAGCUAAAUUACUAUACUGAUGAGCAGGCCUAUAGUCAAUGAAACAACUCAGAAGUAAGUAAUUGAGAGUCAGUAUACAUACACAGUGGUCCUGCAGGAGACUGGGUUAAGGUACGACAGAAAGAAAUACUAGUUGGCUGUGAUUGCACUUUACGGAAAGGCUGUCGUCAAAAGGAUUGUGGAAAUAUUUCUUGGUCAUAGAGGCCUUUACCCAAGAAUGAAUGCAUAACAGAAAAUCUUGUUUUGCUUUUGUGUUGUGUCGGAGGAUGGGGACUAUUUUGAUUGGAAAUGGAUUACCGUGACGAUCAUUAUUCUAAAUGGUUAACCAAUUGAAAGGCAGUAAGCACAGAUUUUAUAGAACACUUUCUUCUGCAGUGUGUUGAUUAUGGGGAAGUUAGUGGAUUGAAAAGGUUCUGAUUAUUAAAGUAGAUCCUUAAAAUGUGCUGACCUAUUUCAGAGGGCACAAUUACCCUCAUAUUUAUACAACUAUUCAUAAAUGAUAAUAAAAAAUAAAAAAACGAUGAGUAUAUUGUAUUUUUAAGGAGGAAUUCGUAAGGUUUACGUUCUUGGUUACCUCAUGGAACACUUGAUAGCAAUUUUUGCCAGUUAUUGAAUGAGUUAAUUCCUAAAGUAAUCCACACACUGUGAAAGAAAGGGUUUCCCUGAUUUUAGUGUAUGUUUAUGCAGAUUUCUAGCAAUAAUUUUUUCUCUUGGUUCUCCUGUGAGGGCAAAGUGAAGCAUAAUUUCCUCAAAGUGAAAGCGAUGGUACUCCAGUAUUAGGAUGCGACUCGUCUCGUUUGGAAUUUUUUAAUUUUGUCUGUGAAUAUAAAUUGUAUAUACGUUUCAAAUGUAUUAUAUAUAUAUAAAAAUAUGCUUUUGUAGGUCACAUACUGUUUUUGCACAGAUUGUCAGGCUCGAUAUUUAAAGUAUAAUUUUCUUAUUAUGUCGUAGGUCAAAACAGCUUUUAUUUUCAAUACUUCAACCAUGGGCGAAAAGCAAGGGGCUAUUUCUUUGAUCAAUACUGAAAUACUUUGGCUCGAUUUCUCUCAGAAAGCUACAACUGCCACUUUUGUUCUCUCAGAAAACACUUUUUUUAUUUGUGAUCUAUAAAUCGUACAUUUCUCUUUUGCAAAGACAUUGCGUAUAUUUAGAGAUGCUUGUGUGAUCCUGUCAUUUUCUAUCAAUAGAUUU